AUGACCGAAACAAUCCAAGACACGCUCCAGGGAAAGUCAUCCAACACCGCACCCCAAAAACCAGUCCAGUACAUGGACACAGUCGAAGCCUACAACAAAUGGGCAGAGGUCUACGACACAGAUGGUAAUUUCCUACAAGCCCUCGACACCAUCCAACUACGCUCCCUCCUGCCCCUUUUCCUCGACAAAGUGACCCACUCCCACUCCCGCUCCCAGGCCCAGCCCCAACCAACCCGCCUCAUCGACCUAGGCUGCGGCACAGGCCGAAACACCCUCCAACUCCUCCAACUCGCGCCCCUGGAUGCCGAGAUCAUCGGGCUGGAUGCCUCGCCAGGCAUGCUGGAGGUAGCGCGCGCGGCAAUCGCCCGCAACGCCGCAGACAGAAAGAGACAGGGGGGCAUUGACGUGGUGCUGGAGCUAUUCGAUCUGCUGGCGUCGCCGCCUGCGCCGUCGGAGGCGUAUUGCGGUGCGUCUGCGGUGAUCUCGACACUGGUGGCGGAGCAUAUCCCGCUGCAGGCAUUUUUUGGUGCUGCGGCGGCGGUGCUGCGGCCCGGUGGGUACCUGCUUGUCACGAAUAUGCACUCGGAGAUGGGGGCGAUUAGCCAGGCAGGAUUUGUGGAUGUGACAACGGGGACGAAGAUCCGUCCGACGAGUUACUGUCAUACGGUGCGGGAUGUGCUGGUCGGGGCUGAGAGCGCUGGAUUCGAGGUUGAAAGAUUGGAUGGGGAAGAUGUUCGAGAGGUGAGGGUUGAUGAGGGGAUGGUUGAGGUGCUGGGGAGGAGAGCGGAGAAGUGGGUUGGUGUCAAGGUCUGGUUUGGUAUCUGCUUCAGGAAGAGGUUGUGA